ACCGUUUCAUGGCGGCUUUGUUGCUGCGGCUGUGUGUGUCGCCGCGCUCUCCGUAGCCAUAUCGCGUUUAUUCAGCGAGGAGUCGCCAUCACUUGUCAUUGCCAGAGAGAAAUUAAGUAGGUAAACACGUAAACGCCUCGCGAUGGCGCAAGACACGGAGGCCAUCACCUGCAACAUCAGGGGAUGCCCGAACGAGUUCGGCCUGAGCGAUCCCUCGCACCUGCUCUACGUUUGCACGGCGGACGACAUCCAGUGCCAGGCAUGGCUCGCCGUCAUCCCGAAGGUUUCGCUCACAGACGUGGGCGAGAGGCUGUGCGUGUGUUCGCUGCACUUCGCGGACGGCGUCAACGUGAGCGGCGACAUCGUACCUACCAUCUUCCCACCUGUGCCCGUAGCGGCGCCCGUUGCUCCAGCUAGCGUCCCCACGCCACCGCCGAGCACUUCGAUGGUCGGCGGACUCACUCUGGUCGGGCCGGCGGUGAAGAUUAAGGAGGAGCCAGUUGACGACUAUGAGCAUGAGGCACAGGCGUUGCCCAACAUGGAAGGCAGUGAACACUUUGACAGCUCUGCUGAAUGUGAGAACGACGAAUCGAGCAUGGACGUUGACCAGCCGGGCCUCAUCCCUGCUCAUGCAAUCAAGAGAGAGAUUGAAGACGAUUCGACUGAAGGUCUUACAUCCUCCUCGACGCAGGAAAUUCACGGCGAUGACUCUGCCCAGAAUGGCGAGGACAGUAACUUUCUGCAGCUUGUCACCUCUUACACUGUCAAAGAAGAGGUUCGUGACGAGGAAGACGAAGAAGGCGUUGAAAUCGCAGCUCCCCCGCCUGGUUCCGGCUGUGGAGUAGUCGCUCACGAGGACACGUCCUCGUGCGCCUUCAAGAUUCAGGAGUUCGGCGAGAUCCCGGUGGAGGAAAUCAAGACCGAAGACGGGGUCACGCCUUCGUUUGUUCCGUCUACGUCUGCGGUGCGAGUCAAAACGGAGCCACUCGAUGUCUUGACAAACGGCAUUUCACACGAUCAGGGCUGCCAAGCAGGCGUCGGGAGCAACCCGGUUUCCGUCGCCCUGAUGCCAGCCUGGACUCGUGAGUGAGCCUUCUUCGUCGGUGGCAACGGGCUCGACGGCAUUCGCGGCUAGCAACAGCGGGGUCCUGAUUGGUGAGACGGGCAUUGUGAUUUCAAACGUGCAGUCGGUCUCGAGCACCAGUGCCCAGGAGUGCUUCGCCGAGGACGUCGUGCACUGCCCAAAGUGCAUCAACGGCGAGGCCAAGGAGAGGUCUGACAAGUCCACGUGCACGAACAUGCCGACACGCACCGUCUUCACGCAGACCGUGGAGCCAGAAAAGCGGACUGUCUGGACUCAGGUCGCGCAACUCGGGGACCUGAAGAUGUUGAAACAUCGGGCGACGCAGACCGACCCGUGGCUUGAGCGUUCCCCGCGGUUGCCCAAGGUUGUACGCAGGAAGCGAAGGCUCGACGAGGAUGACACCGUCGACAAAGCCUGAGAGGAUGGCCGUCACUGUUGCCACUCUCGGAAGCUGGCAGGAUGCAUGUUUUAAUGCUUCUGGAAAGUAUGUUAGUCUGCAUCUUUCAUUUUCUUCGUGUUAUUUGUUUGGCUCUGUAUUGCCUCUUUCGGUUCCCAGGAGUAAAAAAACACUAAUUUGUGUUUCAUUGUGUGAAAAGUAUUCUAGGCUAACUGAAAACCUCAAACUUUAUGUCUGAAAGACAACAUUGGUGUAGUUCUCCGGCAUUGAAGUUAGGCUGUCCAAAGAGAAGCUAUAUUGUGGGCUCAGGUUUUCAACGUUGAAGUUCACCGUCAGUGGGACACCUCUGCUCGUUCUGGUCAACUUUCUGGCUUGGAAGUUCUAAAAAAAUGAGGAAAUCAGGAAAGAUACAACACAUAAUGUUUAUGAGCAUCAGCAAUUUUUUAAAUAAAGGAAUGACCCCAUCCUUUUUUUUUUACUUACCAGCUUUCGUAGUUCACAGAUCAUUGAAAGACAUUAUGGUCAGGCAGGAGCAGGAACAGUUUUCACAUUGGUGUCGCAACACUAAUUGAGUGGUUUCAUUCAUUAACAGCCACAAUCAUCUUUACGCAGUGGUGUAGUAAUUCUGUGCUGCACAGCCCAACACUCGUUGCUCAUUGGGUACACAUGGGCGAAACGUGCUUGUCAUCUCCGUUCUCUUUUUUUUUUUUUUUUUUGGGGUGGGGGGAGAGAUCUCUGAAAACGACUGCAUAGAAUAUCCUGUAGUCAAUUUAAAAAGAACUGCUAGCCCAUAGCUCAUAACGGUAAUUUUCUUCAAAACAGUUGCAUGCAUUUUGGCAAGUGCGGCUGAUUCGAUUCCAUAUGUGAGACACCAGAGAACUUUUGAGACUUCUUUGGACAAGGGAUGUUCAACUUUGGCAGGAAGUUUGUAUAACAGAACAGAGGCUUUAUUUGUGGGAUGUGCUACGAGAAACUGCUAUAGUAAAUUUUUGGCUUUCUGACCAAGUUUUCUGUAAAUUGGAUAUUUCUUUUUUUAGAUGUUGGAUGCUUUCUGUCUUCUGGGGGAGAAUUUUCAGCACUACCGCGUUGUCAUGUUUCUUGCUUGGCGUUAGCAGAUACGAACUUUCCAAGACACUCAAACUGCACUGUUUUAGCAAAGUAUUCAAUGAUUGAUUUAAUUUCUGUUGUCUUACAGCCAGGCUUUCAUUUUGCCCUUCGAAACAGUUUCAAUGUUUUGCUUGGAACAAAGCACAUUUGAUAGGCACAUAUGUUAUGGUUGCAGUAUUCAGCUGUGUUACUAAAUACAUUGUGUAUUUGUUCAGGCUGUCAAACUGCUUCAUACCCUCUAUUUCCUUCAGAGUGAAGCGAGAAAGCAAUGAAUGUGUGGAUUCUUCCAUAGUCACUGAGUGUGUGGAUCGAUGUCUGGAAAUCAAUGUCCUGUUCAAUAAAUGUUUUUCCUCAUGGAUAAA